AUGUAUUGGUCACAGGGAGGGAGACAGAGGGAGACGGAGGGAGGUGAAAGGAGGGAGGCGUAGGGAGGUGAAAGGAGGGAGGGAGACGGAAGGAGGUGAAAGAAGGGAAGGAGAGGGAAGGAUGUGAAAGGAGGAAGGGAGAUGGUUGGAGAUGGAGGGAGGAGGUGAAAGUAAUCAAAUCAAAUUUUAUUGGUCACAUAUGUAGCAGAUGUUAUUGCAGGUGUAGCGACAUGCUUGUGUUCCGAGCUCCAACAAUGCAGUAGUAUCUAACAAUUCACAACAAUACACACAAAUCUAAAAGUAAAAGAAUGGAAUUAAGAAAUAUAUAAAUAUUAGGACGAGCAAUGUCGGAGUGGCAUUGACUAAAAUACAGUACAAUAUAAUACAGUAUAUACAUUUGAGAUGAGUAAAGCAGUAUGUAAACAUUAUUAAAGUGACUAGUGUUCCAUUAUUAAAGUGGCCAGUGUUUCCAUGUCUAUGUAUAUAGGGCAGCAGCCUCUAAGGUGCAGGAUUGAGUAACCGGGUGGUAGCCGGCUAGUGAAUGUGACUAAGUUCAGGUCAGGGUACUGGGUGGAGGUCGGCUAGUGAUGGCUAUUUAACAGUCUGAUGGCCUUGAGAUAGAAGCUGUUUUUCAGUCUUUCAGUCCCAGCUAUGAUGCACCUGUACUGACCUGGUCUUCUGGAUGAUAGCGGGGUGAACAGGCUGUGGCUCGGGUGGUUGAUGUCCUUGAUGAUGUUUUUGGCCUUCCUGUGACAUCGGGUGCUGUAGGUGUCCUGGAGGGCAGGCAGUGUGCCCCCGGUGAUGCGUUGGGCAGACCACACCACCCUCUGGAGACCCCUGCGGUUGCGGGUGGUGCAGUUGCCGAACCAGGCGGUGAUACAGCCCGACAGGAUGCUCUCAAUUGUGCAUCUGUAAACGUUUGUGAGGGUCUUAGGGGCCAAGCCAAAUUUCUUCAGCCUCCUGAGGUUGAAGAGGUGCUGUUGCGCCUUCUUCACCACACUGUCUGUGUGGGUGGACCAUUUCAGAUUGUCAGUGAUGUGUACUCCGAGGAACUUGAAACUUUUUACAUUCUCCACUGUGGUCCCGUCGAUGUGGAUAGGGGCGUGCUCCCUCUGCUGUUUCCUGAAGUCCACGAUCAGCUCCUUCGUUUUGUUUUGAUGUUGAGGGAGAGGUUAUUUUCCUGGCACCACUCUGCCAGGGCCCUCACCACCUCCCUGUAGGCUGUCUCGUCAUUGUUGGUAAUCAGCCCUACUACUGUUGUGUCAUCUGCAAACUUGGUGAUUGAGUUGGAGGCGUGCUUGGCCAUGCAGUCAUGGGUGAACAGGGAGUACAGGAGGGGGCUAAGCACGCACCCUUGUGGGGCCCCUGUGUUGAGGAUUAGCAUAGUGGAGGUGUUGUUUCCUACCUACACUACCUGGGGGCGGCCCAUCAGGAAGUCCAGGACCCAGUUGCACUGGGCGGGGUUGAGACCCAGGGCACCAAGCUUAAAUGAUGAGCUUUGAGGGUACUAUGGUGUUGAAUGCUGAGCUAUAGUCUAUGAACAGCAUUCUUACAUAGGUAUUCCUUUUGUCCAGAUGGGAUACAUCAAGGUGCAGUGUGAUGGCGAUUGCAUCGUCUGUUGAUCUAUUGGGGCGGUAAGCAAAUUGAAGUGGGUCUAGGGUGACAGGUAAGGUAGAGGUGAUAUGAUCCUUAACUAGCCUCUCAAAGCACUUCAUGACGACAGAAUGAGUGCUACGGGCCGAUAGUCAUUUAGUUCAAUCACUUUCUUGGGUUCAGGAACAAUGGUGGACAUCUUGAAGCAAGUGGGGACAGCAGACUGGGAUAGGGAGAGAUUUUAUAUGUCCUUAAACACUCCAGCCAGCUGGUCUGUGCAUACUCUGAGGACGCGGCAAGGGAUGUCGUCUGGGCCGGCACUGUGUUAUCGUCAAAGCGAGCGAAGAUGGUGUUUAGAUUGUCCAGGAGCAAGACGUCGGUGUCCGCAACAUGGCUGGUUUUCCCUUUGUAAUCCGUGAUUGUCUGUAGACCCUGUCACAUACGUCUCGUGUCUGAGCCGUUGAAUUGCGACUCCACUUUUUCUCUGUACUGACGUUUGGCCUGUUUGAUUGCCUUACAGAGGGAAUAACUACACUGUUUGUAUUCAACCAUAUUCCCAGUCACCUUGCCAUGGUUAAAUGCAAUGCUUCGCACUUUCAGUUUUGUGCGAAUGCUGCCAUCUAUCCACAGUUUCUGGUUUGGGUAGGUUUUAAUAGUCACAGUGGGAACAAAAUCCCCUAUGAACUCAGUCACCGUGUCCGUGUACAGGUCAAUGUUAUUCUCAGAGGAUACCCGGAACAUAUCCCAGUCCGCGUGAUCAAAACAAUCUUGAAGCAUGGAUUCCGAUUGGUCAGACCAGCGUCGAAUAGACCUUAGCAUGUGUGUUACCUUAAUGAUAUGUGUGUGUUGCCUGAGUGUGUGCUGAUACGUGUGUUACCUGUCCUUGUGUUCCAGGAAGGAGCCAUCUUGGUGUUCCUGCCAGGUUGGGACAAUAUCAGUGGCCUCAACGACCUCCUGAUGACCCAGCAGAUGUUCAAUCAGGUAUGGACUCAGAAACACUCCUUUCUCCCAGAGCAGAACAUGAAUAACCCAGGGAGUGAGGCUGUCUGUUCUGACUGGAGUUCAAAAAGCCCUCUCCAGGAGUCAGGAAGAUUGUCAUUGCCACUAGUAUCGCUGAGACCAGUUGUGUAUGUGUCCUUUUGUUUGUGUAUCAGCCUCUGUUAGGGUGUGUGUGUGUGUGUGUGUUUUGACUUUUUUUAAAUACAGAAACUUCAUACUAUUAUCACACACGCUAAGUGUACAAAACACCCCCUCAGAACAGUGUCAAGUCGUCGGGGCCUGGACUCUACAAGGUGUCGAAAGCGUUCCACAGGUAUGCUGGCCCCAUGUUGACUCCAAUGCUUCCCACAGUUGAGUCAAGUUGGCUGGAUGUCCUUUGGGUGGUGGACCAUUCUUGACACACACGGGAAACUGUUGAGCGUGAAAAACCCAGCAGUGGUGUAGUUCUUGACACACUCAAACCGGUGCACCUGGCACCUACUACCAUACCCUGUUCAAAGGCUCUUAAAUCUUUUGUCUUGCCCAUUCACCCUCUGAAUGGCACACAUACACAAUCCAUGUCUCAAUUGUCUCAAGGCUUAAAAAUCCUUAUUUAACCUGUCUCCUCCCCUUCAUCUACACUGAUUGAAGUGGAUUUAACAAGUGACAUCAAUAAGGGGUGAUGGCGCUCACCUGGAUUCACCUGGUCAGUCUGAUGUUUUGUACACUCAGUGUAUACUCUAUAUACACACACUACACUGACACACACACAAAACCCACACACAUUCACUUGCACUACAUACGCACACACAUAUAACCGACACCACACACGCACACACUUUCACACUCAUAAUUUGCUGCUGCUACUCUGUUCUUUAUUUUGCUCUUAUUAUUAUCUAUCCUGAUGCCUAGUCACUUUACCCUGCCUUCAUGUACAUAUCUACCUCAAAUACCUUAUUAUUAUCUAUCCUGAUGCCUAGUCACUUUACCCUGCCUUCAUGUACAUAUCUACCUCAAAUACCUUAUUAUUAUCUAUCCUGAUGCUUAGUCACUUUACCCUGCCUUCAUGUACAUAUCUACCUCAAAUAUCUUAUUAUUAUCUAUGCUGAUGCUUAGUCACUUUACCCUGCCUUCAAGUACAUAUAUACCUCAAAUAUCUUAUUAUUAUCUAUCCUGAUGCCUGGUCACUUUACCCUGCCUUCAAGUACAUAUGUACCUCAAAUAUCUUAUUAUUAUCUAUCCUGAUGCCUGGUCACUUUACCCUGCCUUCAAGUACAUAUCUACCUCAAAUAUCUAAUUAUUAUCUAUCCUGAUGCCUGAUCACUUUACCCUGCCUUCAAGUACAUAUCUACCUCAAAUAUCUUAUUAUUAUCUAUCCUGAUGCCUGGUCACUUUACCCUGCCUUCAUGUACAUAUCUACCUCAAAUAUCUUAUUAUUAUCUAUCCUGAUGCUUAGUCACUUUACCCUGCCUUCAUGUACAUAUCUACCUCAAAUAUCUUAUUAUUAUCUAUCCUGAUGCCUAGUCACUUUACCCUACCUUCAUGUACAUAUCAAGCCACCGGCGUCUGACAACUUGGAUGGAAAAUUACUAAGGAUAAUAGCAGAUUAUAUUGCCACUCCUAUUUGCCAUAUUUUCAAUUUAAGUCUACUAGAAAGUGUGUGCCCUCAGGUCUGGAGGGAAGCAAAAGUCAUUCCGCUACCUAAGAAUAGUAAAGCCCCCUUUACUGGCUCAAAUAACCGACCAAUCAGCCUGUUACCAACCCUUAGUAAACUUUUGAAAGAAAUGGUGUUUGACCAGAUACAAUGCUAUUUUACUGUAAACAAAUUAACAACAGACUUUCAGCAUGCUUAUAGAGAAGGACAUUCAACAAGCACAGCACUUACACAAAUGACUGAUGAUUGGCUGAGAGAAAUUGAUGAUAAAAAGAUUGUGAGGGCUGUUUUGUUAGACUUCAGUGCGGCUUUUGACAUUAUCGAUCAUAGUCUGCUGUUGGAAAAACAUAUGUGUUAUAUUUACACCCCCUGCUAUAAUGUGGAUAAAGAGUUACCUGUCUAACAGAACACAGAGGGUGUUCUUUAAUGGAAGCCUGUCCAGCAUAAUCGAGGUAGAAUCAGGAAUUCCCCAGGGCAGCUGUUUAGGCCCCUUACUUGUUUCCAUCUGUACUAACGACAUGCCACUGGCUUUAUGUAAAGCUAUGUAUGCGGAUGACUCAACACUAUACACUUCAGCUACUACAGCGACUGAAAUAACUGAAACUUAGUUCGCACACCGGAUUUUGUGCCAACACAGUCGCUACAGUCCCAUUAUUUUUUAUUGCAGCCUCAUUUACAUCAGAAUCAUUGAGCAUAGGCCUACUCACCAAAACAGAUGUCGUGGCCAUAAUUCAUCGCCAUGCAUUGUUCAAUGUGGAAUUGUUGAUACUGUCAA